AUGUCGACGAUUCUCGCGUCGAUCGAGGCGAAAAUGAACGAGUAUUUGAAGCCGAAGAACAAGGAGGAUUGGAAGGAACACACCAUCGAACACGCGGAGACACUCUCCGGACUGCCCCGGGAACGCGUGAGUCAUCACUACCACCGCUUAGACGUUUUGCAACCCGAGAACUGAGUCUCGGUUGCAAAACGUCACAGAAAUGUGAAAAUCAAAGACGUUUCGCAAGCAGAUUAGCAAAUCUAUGCAACUCCCUUGGUAGCGCAACGUCCAAAGAGUCUUUUCGGUUGCAAAACGUCCUAGAACCGUUUAUUUGCAGCUCUUCUCGAUCUCCGUUCUGAUGCUCGGAAUCUACGUGCUCCUCGGCAAAUUUCUGCCGCUUUUCUCGCACCUCAUCUGCAUUUUGUGGCCGCUCCGGGAGAGUUAUAAGUGUCUCCGUUCGCAGCGGCCCCCUUCGGACAAUGUGCUUCUCUACUGGAUGCUCUACGCGCUCGUCUCCCUCUUCGACUACUCGGUCCUUCCCGGCUUCCCCUUCUACUAUUUUGCCAAGGUAAUGCGGUCGCCCAAUCAGUUGCCGUGAUUCUUACCUAACGCUUUCCAGACCGGUCUCUUCCUCUCGAUCACCACAAACGGCAUGGAGAAGAUGAAGGAGUGGUCGGAGCCGGCGCUCAAGUUCACCGAAUCCUGGGUCUUCAUUCAACCGGAAACUGCUACCGACAAAAAAUAA